AUGGCUCGCAAACGUCGCAGUGCAGACUCGACACCACCACCACCGCGGCGACAACGGCCGCUUCUUCCGGGAUCGCCAAAGGCAAGAUGGGGUGUUAACGGUAAUAUCACAAAUGCAGCGGACCUGAGUGAUGCCGAACUCGCGCUCGCGCAGGGCAGGCCUCAAGUUCUGCCAACCAUGCCGACUCCUGGUCCUCCACAGUUGGCCAUCCACACGCGAGGAGAGCAUGUGGACCAACUACAUGCAGCAACAAAUGUGCAGUCUGGUCGUAGAACUGCGCCGAGAAACAGCGUGCGCAGCCAGCGAUAUGCUCCGUAUUCGCUUGCACCUCGCAACUCCCUUGCUGCCCAUCCGGGAGCGGGUUAUGCGCCGCAUGCUGUUACGUCACCAGCCUCGCGUAUGGACUUCGUACAGCCGCAGCAGCAAUACCAGCAAUACCAGCAUUACCCACAACACCAGUUUGGUAAUGUCCUCCCUGAUGCGGAUCUAAUGAGGUUUCCUUCGAACUCGAGUCAGGGUACUUUGGGCCAUGGCCCUUCGCAUGCUAUGGGGCAUCAGCCUUCAAGUAAUACUUUCCAGGAAGAUGUCUUGCGAGCUGAGGACUUUGAGCAAGCCGGACUGAACUUGGACGCAGUUCAGAAUGGGCUGCCUGACGAGAGUGGCCGAGACGCCCAAUACCAGUCCGACUUUUUGGACUUCCAGAAGUUCUUGUUGCAUUCGUCCGGGGAUAUGUCAGAUGGAUCGUACAGCCUUAACCAGAUGGCUUCACGUCCGAUCUUUCAUCGGUAUCCCGCUCCUGCUCCUGCUCCCGGUUACCAGCAACCCCUUCCGGAACCUACCUUUGCCGGCCACAACACCGCUGGGGCUUACCAAAGUCCAUAUGCGCCGAUCAUGUAUGCUCCACAGCAGGCGCAUUUCCAGCCUACGUUCCAGCCGGGCCAGAUGUACGCGCCAGGUCCCGUCAACAACGUCGUCAUGCAGCAACCAGGUCCGAUGUACGCGCCAGGCUCCGUCAACAACAACUUCGUACAGCAGCAGGGUACGAUGUAUGCGCCAGGCUACGUCGAGAACUUUGUCGUGCAGCAGCCGAGACCGACGACACGGCCGCGAAGCGAGGCAACAUACCCUGUCUCCUAUGCAACUACUGAGGAAUGGGUUGAGGCACAACGGAGGCAAGAGAAGAGGGUGAGUGAGGAUGCGGACGAGGGAAGAGGUGGAUAA